UUUUAUGAAAUAGUACGUGUCAGUAUGUUUGCGUAUGUAAUCUAUAAACAUAUCUUGGAUAAUUAUUAUUCAUCAGAAUUCUAUUAUUUUUUUUUAUAAAGAUUAAAAAAAAAAGAAAAAAAGAAAAAGAAAGAAGGACACUAGUACUGCGAGGUCGAUACUCAUGCUCACGGCGGAAGCUUUGUUCUUCGGCGAAUCGGUGAGUUUUCUCGCCGCCAAUGAAUAGCCAGCUUUGGAUGUAUAGCUUUCGAAAAAAUCUGCUUCAGCCACUCACCUGUAUGCAUUUAAGUCGCUGGCCUUGAAAAAACACUUGAUCCACCUUAGUCUUCGCCGGAAUUUCGACUUGGCAGACCGUUGGAUCACUCUGGCCGACUUCCUUUUCUGCCCGAGCAUUCAAGCUAUAAAAAUAGAGGAGGCUGCAGUUGAGUUGUUAUACAGGUUCACGGCUUUUGAGUAUCAGUAUGCUCACACAUGGUUCACGCAGAUGGACAAGCUUAUUCAUUUCAUUAUGCGAACUUGGAUGGUCGUUUUGAUGCAUUAUAUUCUUCUCCAUCCAUAAAUACGGAUGCAAAAUAUGCUACUAAUGAAUAUUGGCCACUCAAGACUGAUGACUUCUUUCUGAUACCUUACCAGCAGGCCAUCCGUGAAACAUUAUGUUGGAAAUGAGUGACAAUUAUCUGUAUAUUUCAUUUUCAGCCUGCUAGGCAACUAGAGCUUUUCAAAGGGAGGAGAUGCCUUAGCAAUCGCUCAACAUCAUGAUGCAGCUACUAGCACUGAAACAGCAUGUAGCUAAUGGUUAUGUGAAACGACUCCUUAUAGGCUACAAGGAGUUCGUGGGACGAUAAUAGAUGAAGUGCAUCAGCAGGUCAAUUCAUGAAUAUAUCAGAUCACCAGCUUUCACAAGGGAAGAGAACAUGUUGAAGUUGAAUUCAUUGUAAGAGUACUGCACUGGCUAUCAUAGAUGUUUUCUCUCGAGCUGAUGCUUUAAGUGAAGAAAAACAGUCAGUUUAGAGGGAACCAUGGGGCACAAGUCUCUCGAAUUACAAUGCUGAGUAUAGGUUGUUGAUUUAUAUUAUCAUUACUUGCAUAUUCAGGUUGGACCAAUAACCAUUAAUGAUGAAACAGGCAAAGAAGUUGUAACUCAAAUAUCAUCUACUGUGGAUGACAACAAAACAUUCUAUGCAGAUUCUAAUGGACGUGAUCUUAUUAACUGAUUUGUGACUACAGUGCAGAUUGGGACCUUAAAGUUAACCAGCCUGUUGCUGGAAAUUAUUAUCCAGUAUGUUAGGUCACCUGGAGAAACCACCAAUGCAUGAUGGUACUUUUAGAUGACUCCAGAGGUGUUGCUGAGGCUCUAAGGACUAAUAAGCUGGAUCAAGACUAAAAUCCAAAGGGACGCUAAAACUUUAAUGGGCUCGUUCUUCGUACAGGUGGCGAGUGAGGCCCUAGCUAUGACUUAUGUUGUGUUAUAUGGUAAGACAUAUAAUGAUAUUGUUUGGUGUUUGGUAAGGCGUGUGGGAGAGUAGUUAUCGGAAAAAGCAGAUGUCCGAAGCUGCAGAGGUUUAGGGUGGGACGUCACUCUCUACUUUAAAAUGUCAACGCUUACGUACAAUGUUUGUGUGUGCAUGUUUUGAUUGAAUUAUAACAUGUGUAAAAUGACUUAUGAUUUAUGUUAUGUUUAUGUGUCUAACUAUUGUUAUAGUUGACUCACAUGAUGCUCUAUUUGAAAACAUUCACAAAUAAUAAAAAAAAAACUAUAUAAAAAAGAGUGCAAAAGCAAAAAAUAAAAAUUAUAUAAUCUUUUAUAACGAAAUUUUUUUGUCUUUAACGGUUUGUUUGUUAAUUUUAACAGAAUUUUAUAAAUAUUUAACGGAAUAUACAUUUUUUUUUUUUUGCCAAUAAAGAUGAAUUUGUAUUAAUCAAGUAAAUCGUUCAACAAUACAACAUUCAACUCAGAAGGGAUAUCACUCCCUAAAACAACACGAUCAGAAAUAAUGCUAGUAGACCUUGCUAGAGAAUGGGCUACAGCAUUUGCAGAUCGUUUUACAAAUUUAAUGGACACUUCAUGAUGAAUGAGAUCAAGCAACAACUGUCUACAUUCAUGAACAAUUCUGCCGAAAUAGGAUAGAAGCACAGUGGGGCAUCGAAUACCUUGUAUUGACACCAAUGAAUCUGAUUCCACUUCAACUUUGUGCCAAUUCUUGUCUUAUAUCCAGCUAAGGGCUUCUCUUAUCCCUAUUGCCUCUGCAAAUUCAGGUUCAACUAAUCCCCCAAUACAGCUUGCCCUGGCUUCCAGCAGACCCCCUUCUUGAUUCCGAGCAACAAGAGCAAAAGAGAAUCGGUCUGGACCAACAAAGAUAGCUGCAUCUGUAUUUAUUUUAGUUAUACCUGGGCUAGGAGGCUUCCACUUGACUGCACCGUCUGAAAUCUGGGUAAAACCGAGCGAAAGAUCAAAAGAACAGUCUUGGGCGUUCUUCCAUUGCUCCAAGGUAACACGGGCAAGAGUCACAAUGUCAGGGGCCUUUGCACCCUUUUGAUUCCAAAUGAGCUCAUUUCUUGAUUUCCAUAACGCCCAACAAAGCAUGGGUAUAUGCUGGAGAUUAUCGGCGUGGGUAUUCUCCAGAAUCUUAGCUAAUCGGACAGCAAACACGCCUGGGUCAUCUAGGUCGAUUUGAACACCAAGGAUAUUCCAGCAAACUUGCGAGAAUGAGCAAGAGAGAAGAACAUGAGGGAUCGACUCAGGGCAUGUGUUACAGAACGGGCAGAGAUCACUCACUGGUACUCCUUUUAGUUGGAGAUUGCAUUUUGUGGGAAGACAAUCGGUUGAGGCCUGCCAUAAAAAGGUUUUGACUUUGGGGGGGAUGCUCAGCUUCCACAAUUUCUUCCAGUAUACCGAAGCUUCUUGAUCCACCUCUGUGCGCUCCCUCUGUUGAGUCAAUAAAUGAGCACUUUUUACUGUGUAAUGCCCAAGCCUAUCCAUCUUCCAGUACCAUGUAUCAGCUUCAUUUGCAUGUAUUGGGAUAUUCCUGAUUAUACUAAUAUCCCUAUGAAUAAGAAGAUCUUGAAGUAAAUCCUCAUCCCAUUCGCAUUGGUCAACCUUCAUUAGCUGGACAACCUUUUUAUUGACUAGUACUGUAGAAGUGGUGUGGAUAUACGGGUCUGAAUUAGGGAGCCAAGGAACCUCCAGUAUGUUGAUUGACUUACCAUCCCCAAUUCGAACUGCUGCCCCUUGCCGAAUGAGCUCUUGAGAUGCCAUUAUGCUUCUCCAAAUAUAACUUGGGCUGCCGCCUAUCUUGGCUGAAAGGAAAGAGUCUUGAGGAUAAUAUCUGGCUUUAUACAAUCUGCUAACCAGUGACUGAGGAUGUUUCAAGAGACGCCAACCUUGUUUCCCAAGAAGGGCAAGAUUGAAAUUAUGUAAGGAGCGAAAACCAAGGCCACCCGAUUCUUUGGGUUUGCUAAGCCUACUCCAACUUUGCCAAUGAAUGCCUUUAGAUUUCUUAGAUGAGGAGGACCACCAAUAUUUAUUCAUUAAGCGCUCAAUGUCCCUGCUUGUAUCCAAAGGAAGAAGAAAUACACUCAUAGCAUAGUUAGGGAGAGCUUGAGCCACAGUCUUCAAUAAGAUCUCCUUACCUGCUUUUGAUAAAAAUUUACUCUCCCAACUUUGGAUUCGAUGACGUAUUCGAUCCUUGAGAUAGCCUAGGAUCACCGACUUAUUGCGUCCCAAUAUAUUAGGUAACCCCAAAUAGGUACUAUUAUCGUCAGCCUCAUGAAUGCACAUAUCACCACAUAUUGUAUCUCUGACCUGGGGCAAUGUAUUCCUACUGAAGAAAAUAGAAGACUUAUCAUAAUUUAUUUUCUGCCCAGAAGCCCUCUCAAAGAUGCCCAGAAGCUGCAAAACUUGGUGUGCCUCCAUAUUUGAAGCUUUACAAAAUGUAGCUGUCAUCUGCAAAGAACAUAUGAGAUACCUUAGGAGCACCCCUAGCAACCUGAAUGCCAUUAAGGAGCCUCAUGUCCUCAUAAUCAUGUAACAGAGCUGAAAAGCCCUCUGUACAAAUAAUAAAUAAAUAUGAGGAUAAAGGAUCACCCUGGCGCAACCCCCUCUCCGGAAUAAUAUGACCAAACACUUUACCAGCAUGAGUAAUCUGAUACCUGGCAGAAGUGAUACAGACCAUGAACAAUCUCACCAGUUUUUCAUCAAAUCCCAUCUUACGAAGCACCGCCUGUAAAUAGUCCCACUCCACACGAUCAUAUGCUUUGCUCAUGUCUAAUUUGAGGACCAUGUACCCCUGUUUACCUGUGGUCUUUCUCUUCAUAUAAUGCAUUAGCUCAUAGGAAAUCAUGAUGUUAUCUGUGAUUAACCGACCUGGAAUAAAGGCACUCUGUGACUUUGAGAUGAUGUCAUCAAUUGCUUGUUUCACUCUGUUCGCCAAUACCUUCGAUAUGAUCUUAUAUAACACGUUACACAGCGAGAUAGGGCGAAGAUCCAACAUUGACAUCGGGUUCUUUUUCUUUGGGACAAGCACAAUGUUGGUAAGAGGCAAUCGGUCAUCAAACUUUUCUUCCCUCCAGAAUCUACGCACCUCAUUAACUACAUCAGACCCAAAAAUAUGCCAAUACUUUUGGUAGAAGCCAGGGCUCAUACCGUCUGGUCCUGGCGACUUGUCAGGAUGCAUCUGAAAGGUUGCAACUUUCACCUCCUCCUCGUCAAUAGGGGACAAAAGUGCAAGAUUCUGAUUAGGAGUAAUAGCCUUUGUAAUACAUCUAACAACAGGGCCCCAGCACGGAACCGUGGACUUAAACAAAGUCUGGAAAUAUUCCACCAUGAGCUCUUGAAGGCCAUUAUUCCAAUCAACAAAUUGAUGAGACUCAUUGUACAGAGAGUGGAUGUUAUUUGACCGCUUCCUGGUUCUAGCAGCUGCGUGGAAAAACCUGGAGUUAUGAUCGCCUUCUCUCAACCAUAAUUGUUUGGAGCGUUGUCUCCAAAAUACUUCCUUUUGGGUCAAGAUUUCGAACAAUUCUUUACUGGCCUCUUCAUGCUCCUGAAUAGAUCUUUGAUCUCUGAAGGGUUUCAGUCUUCUAAUGGUUGCCUUGCAUCUAUCCAAUCGUUGUUUGAAAUUGCCCGUUAUGCUUUUACCCCACUCUUGCAAUGCUUCGGCGCAAUAGGCAAUUUUAUCUAUAAGAGGAACUGCUCGAUCUUUCCACCAAACUUCCUCAAUAAUUCUCCCACACAUAGGUUCCCUGAGUCAAGCGUUCUCAAACUUGAACAGACGUCUAGGAGGAAGUGUAGAUACAGGCACAGGAUCUAGAAGGAUAGGGCAAUGAUCCGAGGUGGAUAUUUCAAGAUUGAUGAGUACAGACCGAGGGAAGAUAUGGAACCACCCAGAAUUAACCAAAGCACGAUCCAAUCUGCAUUCUAUCCAAUGGUCAGAGCCACGACCUCUUUCCCAAGUAAACUGGUAACCAGAUAAUUCCAUGUCAACAAGUCCACAGUCAUUGAUAGCUUCUUGAAAACCUUGCAACAACCAAGAUGGAUAAGGGCGGCCUCCUCUUUUAUCAGAAAUAGUGAGAGUGUUGUUAAGAUCUCCUAUAACGCACCAUGGUAAAGGGGAGGAAUCCGCUAGGUGACGAAGAAGUCGCCAAGUUGAUGCGCGCCUAGAACGAUUAGGUUCACCAUAAACUCUUGUUAACCGAUGGGUUGGUCUAUCCUUGGUGGUGAUAACAACAUCAAUAUGGUUUUUGCCAAAAGAUAAUAAUUGAGCCUCAUCUUUGUACCUCCAUAAAAUUGCUAGACCUCCACUAUGCCCUUGGGCUUCCACCACUAUCAUUCCUUCAAACCCCAAAGAGCUCCUUAUUCUGUCAACUUUAUCCUUCUUACAUAAAAUUUCACAGAGAAAUAUGAAAUUGGGUUUCUUUUGGAGAACUAUCUCCUUAAGGAAUUGAACGGUCCACGGGGUCCCAAGCCCGCGGCAAUUCCAGCUGAUGGUACUCAUAAUUCUUGGCGGGACCGAAUGACGGUACCCGCCGUAUCCAAGUUUUUUGAAUCUGGUGAAGAUUCAUGCAUUUGGUCAUCGUGCAUGCUACUGUUAACCCCGACUUCUUCAAUGAUCAGCUUAUUUUCACUCCCUCUGAUUACCGCUGGAACAAUAUCCAUUAAAUAAGGGCCUAACUCUUCUCGGCCCAAUUCCUCUCGGCCCACUUGAGUGUCACGGCUGUAACGACCCAAAUUCAGUGUUAAGGCUUAAGGGCCUGGAGUAGUGUGCCUGGAGGGCAUGAUGGGAUUUGGUGUGUGUUUCUAUUGAGUUUUAUGCAUGAUUAUCAUUUAAUGCACGUUAUAUGACUAAUUGAUUAUUUGAGAUGCAUGACUAUGUGAAUUAGUAUGCAUGUAGACCUGAUUGUCUUAUAAUGAGCAUGAUUGUAAUUUGGCCAUGUUAGGACAUAUCUGUGAUAAUUGUACUAUGUGAAUUGUGCCACGUGAGGUGGUGUUUUUAUCAGGAUGCACGCAUCGAGACGGUCCUAGUGAGCCAAUUAGUUUAAAAGUCACAACGGGAUGUUGUACCCGGCUCGGGAGGAGCCUAGGGGUACUUUGGGAAUCUUAUAAGUUGAGUUGAGAAUGAGUGGUUGGUUAUUGGUUAUUGGGUAACUUGGGUAACCAUUUGUAACUGUGGUGGGUAACAAGUUUUAAGAUGGAAAGUGAUAGAAUUGAAAUAGAAGUGUAAAGACUUAUGUGCCCUUGAAGGUUUAGUUAGGAAGGAUUAUUAAGAAGGGGUAAAAUGGUCUUUUGGCAAGGGUGAUAGACAAAAGGCAGCUGGGAUAUAGGGGGGCACGGUUUGGAGUAUUGGGCAUUUGAGUGUCUUGAUAAAAUUAGAAGAGAAGGAAAAGAAGAGGAGAGAAAGGCUAGGGCAAGCAAGAAGAAGAAGAAGAAGAGAAGGAGAAGUGGGAGUCUAGGAGGGGAUCAAGGACUUGUGUGGAUUCUUCAUUUGAGGUAAAGGUUUUAUACAUAUCUAAGUAUGGAUUUUGUUUUGAUUUAAGGAAUUUAAAUGCCUAAGCUAAACAUUGUGGGGUUUUGGGGUUAGUUGCUAAAAUUUGAAAUCAUAGGAGUGGAUCUUGGGUGUGUUGAUGUUUUGAAUUGAUUCUAGUGUUUAUAGGGUGUUAGAUUGUUCAUGUAAAGUUUGGAAUGGAGUUUUGUGGUUGAGAUAUGUGUUUGGGAUGGUUUAAGGUGAGGAUUAGAGAGUAAAAUGGUGGGUUUUUCUGGGUUCGAAGGGUCGAGCCGCGGCAUGGUUCUUUGUGAGCCGCGGCCCUUCGAAGAAGUGGUAUGCUGAUGGAGAAGGGCGGGCCGCGACAUGGCCCAAGCAAUGCCGCGGCCCUUACCUGUUUUGGAGCCUUUGGGGGUUCUGUUUGGGGGGCAUGCCGCGGCAUGGGUGGCCUAUGCCGCGGCGCUUAAGGGAUUUUGGGAUUUUGAGAUUUUAGGCUUGGGAAUUUAACCUAGGGUGCUCGGGGUUGAGUCUUUUACCAUGUUUGGUGAAUUUCAACGUUCCGAGUACUAGAGCUUGGCCUGGAAGCUCAUUUAAGGUUGUUAAAAGUGUCUUUUGUGUGUUGUGACUAGGAUUUCGGGAGGCUCGUACUAGUGGACCGUGCUCGUGAUCGUGGUGCAUCGGAAAGCACGGAAUACAGGUAAGAAAACCGUAACACCUGAGAAUAGGGCAUAGGCCCACUGUGUGAUUGCGGGGGCGCAGCCCUAGAUUGUGUUGUGUGCGAAUGUGUAAUCUUAGAUAAAUUAUUGUAUGUUUGAAUGGUUAUUUCUGAAUGUGUUAUAUGUAUGAUUGUAAUGGAAUGAACGGCUAAGGCCGAGAGCGGCGUAGGCCGGGUACGGCAGCGGGGCCGGAAGUAACGCUCAGCGCAUGGGAUGCUAUAGCGAGGGUGGGACCCAAGGGAUACAUGAGUUAUCCUACGGUAAUGACCGAGACCCCCAAGCUUUGGUAAAAGCAAGGAGUCAGUCAACCGGCCAUGAGUAUGGAGAGCAUGGGAGCGGCGCGUACAUGUUCGGCCUGCCCGACUGCUUUGGUUGGGGGCAUUUUGUAUAUGGCUGUAUUUAACCAUUCUUUUGAUAGCUGAUCAAGUGUAAAUCUAUUUUGGUGUUGUAAACAUUUUGUAAACCUUAUUUUGGGAUCCCAGAUGUUUUAUAUCUAACGUUUUCAAUGAAGUUAAACAUUUUAAAAGAAUACAUCCUUAAACUCUGGUUUAAUCACACUUUUGGUUUUAGAAACCACUUUGAGUCAAUUAAAUGCACAAUUUCUGUUUUAAACUCACUUAGUAACGGCUCUAAGGUAGUAGGGCGUUACAACUUGGUAUCAGAGCGAGCCAAGGUUUAUUGGUUCUGGAGAUCGACCGAACAUGUACGCACGCUGCCAUUGAAAAGCUCGACUCAGGGUGGUUUGGUAUGAUCGGUUGAUAUGUUCAUGAAUAUGUGUUUAUUGCUUUGUGUGCCUGCCUAGAUUGUUAUGAGCAUGAUGAUUGAAAUAACAUGUGCAUGAUGCUAGGGCAAGGCCCGUUGUAUGCGGUAUGAUAUUUGUAUGUCAUUUUGGUCGAUUGAUCUUGGUGGUUGUUGAGAUUAAGAGGUGGAAAUUGGACCUUGUUAUCAUGCCUAAUGAGCGGUGUCACUGAUUGCAGGCAUUUAGUUCCAAUGCCUCGCCAAUCAUCGAGACUCCGCGGCAUUCAGGCCGAGGAUGAUAACCAAGGGCAGAACCCUCCACCUGCUCCUCAGAACUGGCAGCAGAUCUUAGCUGAGAUGGAGGCCAGGUUGAAGAAAACAGAGGACGAGCUUAGUCAGUUGAAGCAACCAGCUCCUCCACCGGCCACUGCGAUACCACCACCGCCGAGUGUGGUACCAGCCCCGGUUCAACCUGUGACUGGGAACAGGUUGGAACCUCUAUAUGAAAGAUUCAGAAAACAACAACCCCCUACCUUUGAGGGCGGAGCAGACCCACUGCAAGCUGAGCAGUGGAUGGGUACGAUGUCUGUGAUCCUGGACUUCAUGAGGGUUGAAGGAAGGGAUAGAGUUGAUUGCGCCAGUUAUAUGCUUAGAAAUGAUGCACGUAUUUGGUGGGAGGUAGUUGGGCAGCGAAGGGAUACUGCAACUAUGACUUGGGAAGAAUUCAAGGGCAUUUUUAACGAGCAAUACUACAGCGUAGCCGUUCGAGCUGCGAAGGCGGAUGAGUUCAACAACCUGACUCAGUGCAGGUUAUCCGUCACCGAGUACGCCCUGGUAUUCGACAGAUUGGCGAAGUUUGCGCCAGAGCUUGUGCCGACUGAUGCGGCCAGAAGGGACAGAUUUAUACGGGGAUUAAAUGUAAUGAUCGCCCGUGACGUGAGUAUCACUAUGACUCCAGAGUCUACCUAUGCACAAGUGGUAGACAAGGCCCUUACUGCUGAGAGGGCUGAGGAUCAGAUCUGGAAGGAUGGCGCUGCUAGGCGUGAUACCAGGAGAGUUGUGCCUUCUUCUUCUGGGCCUAGUCGGGGCAGCGGCCCCAGUGAGCAGAAGAGGAGAGCUCCAGACUCCUUUACUCCUUAUGGUUCUGACAGGAGGGUUCGCGGUUUUGUGGGUGGCCGCCAGGGCGGAAAUGACAGCUGGAGAAGCCUUCCGAUGUGUCCUCGAUGCAGGCGACGGCAUCAGGGCGAGUGCCGGACCAGGGCAUGCUUUGUUUGUGGGAGCACCAGUCACUUGAAGAAAGAUUGCCCGCAGGCUAAGAAGGAGGAGCCUAGGCAGGGAGACAGCCUCGCACCUGCUAGGGUUUUCACCUUGACUCAGACUGAGGCUGAGGCCAGUCCUUCAGUGGUCACAGGUCAGAUUUUUAGCGCUGGAUCCUUGUUUACUGCAUUGAUUGAUUCUGGUGCUACGCACUCAUUUGUUUCUGCUAGGGUGAUUGAUCAGUUGUGUAGACCUAGUAUUUUGUAUGCUAGGGGUUUUCAGACUAUAUUGCCUACAGGAGAACUGGUAGUCUCUAAGAGGUGGGUUAGAGCCUUACCGGUAGUGGUAGACGGUAGAAAAUUAUUUGUUGACCUAAUUGAACUAGAUAUGGACGAUUUUGACAUAAUACUAGGGAUGGAUUGGUUGACACGGUAUGGAGCAACAAUUGAUUGUAGGCGACGAAUGGUGACCUUCGAACCGGAGGGCGAGACACCCUUUGUGUUCGUGGGAACGGUGGAUGGACCGCGGGUGCCUCUGAUCUCGGCACUAAAGGCUAGAGACCUGAUGCAGGAGGGCUGCAUAGGAUUCCUAGCGAGUAUAGUGGAUUCCUCCAAGGAGGCGGCAGUGGGACCGAAAGAAACUAGAGUGGUCUGUGAGUUUCCAGACUUGUUCCCAUCGGACCUGCCGGGAUUGCCGCCGCAUCGGGAGAUUGAGUUCGGUAUAGAGUUGGCUCCGGGAGCAGAGCCAGUAUCCAAGGCACCUUACAGAAUGGCUCCAGCAGAAUUAAAGGAAUUGAAAAUUCAGCUGCAGGAACUACUUGAUUUGGGGUUUGUCAGACCAAGUUUCUCGCCGUGGGGUGCUCCAGUUUUAUUUGUUAAGAAAAAGGAUGGAUCGCUCAGGAUGUGUAUCGAUUACAGAGAGUUGAAUAAGUUGACCAUCAAGAACAAGUAUCCAUUGCCUAGGAUCGACGAUUUAUUCGAUCAGCUUCAAGGGGGGACAGUGUUUUCGAAGAUUGAUCUCCGGUCAGGCUACUAUCAGUUGAGGAUCAAAGAAGAGGACAUACCAAAGACUGCUUUUCGGACGCGGUAUGGGCAUUAUGAAUUUUUGGUUAUGUCCUUUGGGUUAACCAAUGCCCCGGCGGCAUUUAUGGAUUUGAUGAACAGAAUUUUCAAGGAUUACCUGGAUAAGUUCGUGAUUGUAUUUAUUGAUGAUAUCCUAGUAUACUCCCAGUCAGAGGCAGAGCAUGAGCAUCAUCUGCGCUUGGUGUUGCAGCGGUUAAGGGAGCAUAAGCUUUAUGCUAAGUUUAGCAAAUGCGAAUUUGUGGUUAUCGCAAGUUUCAUUCCUAGGCCAUAUUAUUAGUAAGGAUGGGUUACUGGUCGACCCAAGCAAGACAGAAGCAGUGAGAGAUUGGCCUAGACCCAGCAGUGUUCCUGAAGUUAGAAGUUUCCUUGGACUAGCAGGUUACUACCGGCGG